CAAGAAAAAAGUAGAAGAAAGAAAAAUCUGUUCGCUAUUCACCGUGCUUUUGUGUGCGGCGAAGCAUGACUUGUCUGCUUCGGACAAGUAAAAGUAAAACUCAGAAAAAUCUUACAAUUUUCCAUCUAAAUAUUCAAACAACGUGUCAUGUUUAGAUAUGAUGCGACCGUCCAUUCCAAUCACAGCCGUCCAAUUUAAAAAAUAUCUAAAGCCAUGUCUGGAUAAUAUCUGCCAUGUUACCAUGUUCCGGAACGUUCUUGUGACGAGAUAUUUUUGGACACCCGUAAACGUCUAGAAAUUCUUUUUGUAUGAUUCUUGCACCACAUAACCGCCAUUGAAGCCACCUUCCUUCUUUAUAUACACUACAAAAGUUUAUCAUAUCUCUUGUGCUCUGUAAUGUCGUGAAGAUUAUAUAACGUAUAAUAUAUAAGUUAUAAUCAAUGGAAGGUGGCAUUAAGGCAACAUCACCGUCGUAUUACGAUUUUCUUGGUGUUGCCGUCAACUCCUCGGCGGAGCAGAUACGACGAGCGUAUUACAAACUUGCCAUGAAAUGGCAUCCUGAUCGGUGGACGAAAGAUCCACUUAGGGCUGGAGAAGCAAAACGAAGAUUUCAGCAGAUUCAAGAAGCUUAUUCGGUGUUGUCUGAUCAACGGAAAAGAAGCUUGUAUGAUGUGGGGCUCUACGAUACUGAAGAAGAUGAGGGAUACUUUGAUUUCGCUGAAGAGAUGGUUUCACUUAUGGCUCAGACGAGAAGAGAGGAAAAGCAAUACAGCUUGGAGGAGUUGCAGACAAUGGUCAAUGAUAUGGUCUAUGAGUUCCAGGACCAAUCAAUGUGUAUGAACUUUGACCUGGACCAAGAUUGGGCUUCGCAGAUGUCUCUGCCGGUUUCAAGCUUCGAGUUCUGUCCUCAGAGCAGUUACUGUAACUAAAUCAGUAUACACAUAAUCCGCAUCGUACGGACUAAUGUUGCACGGCUAAAGGAUAGUCUGGUCUCAACAUCUGACAGUUCCGUGAGGGCCUAGGUGUUUGACUUGUGAAGGCGAGGACAUGAAUUGCUCUACGUUUUGUUGUUGUGGGUUUUCUGUGUUGUGAAUAACCUCCAAUUUAAAAACAAAUCGUUGUAAUUGCAUUAAUGCUUUGUACUGUUAGAACUUGACUCCAUAGACCAAUAACAAAUGCAUUGGAAAAUCGUUAACAAAAGCGAAAGUAUACAAAA